GUGACCUCGCUGGGAUUUUCCUUUCCCAAACCUGAGCUGAUCUCCUACCUGGAAAGAGGGGAAGAGCCGUGGGUCCCAGAUCUCCAGGUCUGCGAGGAAAGAGAGUGCCUGAGAGGUGAUUGCACAGCAGGUGCUGAGCGAGGGAGUGAGAACGAGAAGGGGAAUCAUCAUCAGCAAGUUGCUGGGAAAGUGGAACCACAGGGGACCUUUGUAGAAAGAGCUGAAGGGAAUUUUUCCCAGUGCUGGGAACAGGGAGAAACUUGUGGAAAUUGGCACAGGUCAAAGAAGCUGCAGGGAAACCACCCAAAAAAGAAAGUGGAUGAAUCAAAUUCCAAGGAAGACAAAUGCUGUGAAUGCCUUGGCUUGGGGAAAGGAUUCAUUCUGAGAUCACAUCAGACAAUCCAUACCGGAGAGAAACCCCUUCAGUGCUUGGACGGUGGACAAAACUUCAGUAAUCGCUCAGACCUGAAUAACCAUGGGAGAAGCCACACAGGAAAGAAACCCUCUCAAUGCCUCGAGUGUGGGAAAUGUUUCAUUUGGAAGUCAGAACUAAUUAGACAUCAGCUAAGCCACACAGGAGAGAGACCCCAUAAGUGCUUAGACUGUGGGAAAAGUUUCAUACGGAGGUCAGAUCUUGUUAAACAUCAGGCAUUACACACAGAAGAGGAACCCCAUAAGUGGUUAGUCUGUGGAAAAAGUUUCCUAUGGCGGUCAGACCUUAUUCAGCAUCAGAGAAUCCACACAGGAGAGAGACCUCACAAGUGCUUGGACUGUGGGAAAAGUUUCAAACGGAGGUCAGUUCUUUUUAAACAUCAGGCAUUACACAGAGGAGAGGGACCCCAUAAAUGUUUAGUCUGUGGAAAAUGUUUUGUAUGGAGGUCAGACCUUGUUAAACAUCAGGCAUUCCACACAGGAGAGAGACCCCAUAAAUGUUUAGAUUGUGAGAAAAGAUUCAUACGGAGGUCAGACCUUGUUAAACAUCAGGCAAUUCACACAGGAGAGAGACCCCAGAAGUGCAUGGAAUGUGGAAAAAGUUUCAUAUGGAGGUCAGACCUUCUUAUACAUCAGCGAAUCCACACAGGAAAUAGACCACACAAGUGUUUAUUCUGUGGGAAAGGUUUCAUAUGGAGGUCACGCCUUCUUAAACAUCAGAGAAUCCACACAAGAGAGAGAGCUCUUACAAGUGCUUAGACUGUGUGGAAAUUUCACUUAUAAACUUCUCUGACGCAGAGACAGAAAGUGUUUAGGAAAUUGCAUGUAAUUGACCUAGAUUCAACCUUUAGAGACAUGCUAGAAAAGUGUGUCCUCCUCAGAGAAACUAGAGCUUCGAAAGGUAAACGUGUAUUGUUAAAGACAUGGAAGAUGGUAACUGUAGUAGUCUCUGUUUAGCUGUAUCUUGUUAGAGGUUAACAAUGGAAAUAAACAGUUACUGUCUAGGGCUCUAUUUGUGAAUUCAGAGAUCAAAAGGGAAUAUUAACAUUUACAUAAAACUUGGCUGUAAUAAUGUCAUUGUCUGUCUCCUGAAAGUUUGUGGUAAACUGUCUAUGAACUGCUUUAUAGAGAAUCACCUUGUGUUAAUCCAUGUAAUUAAUUACCAGUGAUGUUUACGAAAUAGGUCACUUCAGAAGCCUGUUGUUCAGCCAAGGACUGUGUGUUGUCUAGACGCCGCAAAAAUUAUCCUUUUGUCUCUGAUCUACGUAAGCAGGUUUGGAGGGGGAGUUUUGGGGGGGGAUUAGGGGGAGUCAGAAGACAGCGAUCUCCAGUCCCUUCUGGACCACCCAGACAUUGAAAUUGGACAUUGGACUAGAACUUGAUGAAAUGAUUCUGUAAAGGACUCUUUGCAAUUCUAAAGCAUCAUCUCAACGGUGAAACUGACCUAAGGACUCUCUGCAUCUCUGUAUGGAUAAUGAUCGUUUAAGCAGCACACUCUCUCUUUUCUUCUUUUAAUAGAUCUUAGUUGCGUUAAUAAGAAUUGGCUGUAAGUGUGUAUUUGGGUCAGAACUGAAGUAUUCCUUCACUUGGUGGAUAGUGUAUAGGAUCCUUUGGGAUUGGUGGAACUUUUUAAUAGAUUUUUCCGCAAUCCCCAUCAUGUUGAAGUGAGCUGUCUGGGAGGGAGCCCAAGGCUGGGUUGCUGUAACGGAGCUGUGCUUUGGCCUCUGUGUAGCAGUAAGGUAUUGCAGGAGCGGCUUUGUUGCUGGCUUGGUGAAUCUAAAGAUUGCAAUAUCCCCUUUUUGAGGAUUGUCGGCCCCAUUCUUUGCAGUUUGUCCUAUUUGAACAAUCGCAGUGUGGAUCCCUGGAACCCUGGUCACAAUUACAUAAAUGCCUAGCGUGUGGGGAAAGUUUUAUUCAGCUGUCGUGAAACACACCCUGCAGAUCACAGGCCACCAUCAACAGAGGUGGGGGAAUCCACCAAAGGUCCCCAAUUCUCAUGGGCCCAUGGCUCCCAACUCUUCCCGGACACUGGGGAAUGCCCCACGGGUCCCCACUACCUGUGGGCAUUGUGGAAUAGCUCCCAGUUUCCAGUCGCCAUGCAAAUCUGCCCCCAGCACAAGGUGCAGGGCGGAAAUCCUUUAGGCAUCUGGGUGAGGAGGAUAUGGAACUUGGGG